CUUAUUGUCCACUUUAUGAGAUCAUCUGUGAAUUUUCUUGGAACAUCAACUUCGGACGUUGAUAUAUGCAUUACGACACCAAGUAAAAAAUUAGAAAACAUACUUACAUUGUCUAAGAAGUUGCAAAAACAUGAAAUGAAAGUAGUUAAAUGUGUUCCCAAAGCUAAAGUGCCUAUUGUUAAAUUCUGGGAUCCUACUCUGAAGUUAGCAUGUGACAUCAAUGUCAACAAUGCGCAGGCCUUAUAUAACACAAAUCUAAUAAAGUCGUAUGUAUGUUUAGAUUCAAGAGUUCAUCCACUAGUAAUGAUAAUAAAACAUUGGGUACAGAGACGAGACUUAAACAAUGCUGCUUACGGAACUAUUAUCAUAUACUUGGACAUGUAUGACUUUGAAUUUCCUUCAAAUACGUUAUCCUCCAAUUUUAUCAAAGAGCCUUUCAAUCCCGAAAGGAAUCUUGGAAAUGGAGUAAAUAAUGACAGAUUUAAAAAAAUAAUCCAAGAAUUUCGUAGGGUAGUAGAAUAUCUUUAUAAUGCGAACCUUGAGCUUUGUUGCGAGAUUUAUGAUGAGUAUGAAUAUGAUGAGUUUGAAUAUGUUGCUGGAAUUCCCUUAAUUACUUUAAAAGCUUUACUUAAAGCUAAUUUAUGA